UGGUCUCGACAAGUUGACAUUUGCCAACUUUGCCAAACCAGCUAGGCAUAGGGAAAUGUGGGGAAAAUUAAUUUAAAACCGAUUUGUCACACAAUUCUGAAUGAAUUUGCAUUGAAAUAGUAAUAUUUUGCUAGACUAUCUAGCUAAAAGUAGGCACAUGUAUCUUUGAUCGGUGAUAUGGCGACUUACGAGGAGUUUAUCCAGCAGAAUGAGGACAGGGACGGUAUACGCUUUACGUGGAAUGUAUGGCCUUCAAGUAGAAUUGAAGCUACACGACUCGUGGUUCCCUUAGUGUCUUUGUACCAACCUCUGAAGGAACGACCAGAUUUGCCACCGAUCCAGUAUGAACCUGUGCUGUGUACACGCAAUACAUGUAGAGCAGUGCUAAAUCCAAUGUGCCAAGUGGAUUACAGAGCAAAAUUAUGGGUCUGCAACUUUUGCUUCCAGAGAAAUCCUUUCCCCCCACAAUAUGCUGCAAUAUCAGAACAGCAUCAACCAGCCGAGCUGAUUCCCAACUUCUCCACAAUUGAGUACACUAUAACAAGGGCCCAGAGUAUGCCCCCCAUCUUCCUAUUAGUUGUGGACACAUGUUUGGAUGAAGAGGAACUUGGUGCUUUAAAGGAUUCCUUACAAACUUCCCUUAGUUUGAUGCCACAGAACGCCCUAGUUGGGCUUAUUACAUUUGGUCGCAUGGUACAAAUUCAUGAAUUAGGUACAGAGGGGAUAUACAAAUGUUACGUAUUCAAGGGAACAAAAGAUUUAUCAGCUAAACAGAUACAAGAGCAACUAGCCAUUGGACGUGUGAAUGCACCAAAUCCUCAGCAACAAAGACAAGGGGCUCCUACACCUCAGCCACCUGCACAUCGGUUCCUUCAACCAGUCAAACAAUGUGACAUGGCUCUCACUGACUUGCUAAGUGAACUAGGCCGUGACCCCUGGCCUUUAGGUGUCGGCAAACGUCCGGUACGAAGCAGUGGAGUUGCAUUGUCCUUAGCCGUUGGUUUACUAGAGGUUACCUAUCCUAAUACUGGAGCUAGAGUUAUGAUGUUCCUUGGAGGCCCUUGCUCUCAAGGUCCAGGUCAAGUAGUCAAUGAUGAACUGAAGCAGCCAAUCAGAUCGCAUCAUGAUAUUGCUAAAGACAAUGCCAAGUAUAUGAAGAAGGCUAUUAAGCAUUAUGAAGCGUUAUCGUUAAGAGCUGCGACUAAUGGGCAUGCUAUUGAUAUUUACUCUUGUGCGUUGGAUCAGACUGGGCUGAUGGAAAUGAAACAGUGUUGCAAUUCAACAGGAGGUCACAUGGUAAUGGGUGAUUCCUUCAAUUCGUCACUUUUCAAACAAACGUUCCAGAGAGUUUUUGCAAAGGACCAGAAAGGAGAUUAUAAAAUGGCAUUCAAUGGUACUCUGGAAGUUAAAUGUAGCCGUGAACUUAAAAUUAGCGGUGCAAUUGGUUCAUGCGUAUCACUCAAUGUGAAAGGCCCCUGUGUGUCAGACCAGGAGGUUGGCAUGGGCAACACAUGCCAAUGGAAAAUGUGUACUUUUACACCUAGCACCACAAUGGCUAUAUUCUUUGAGGUAGUGAACCAGCACGCAGCGCCGGUGCCGCAGGGCGGGCGCGGCUGUGUGCAGCUCAUCACGCAGUACCAACACUCCAGCGGGCAGCGGCGCGUGCGCGUUACUACCGUGGCCAGGAAUUGGGGAGAUGCAGCAGUGAACCUGCAGCACAUCUCAGCGGGCUUCGACCAAGAGGCCGCGGCCGUGGUGAUGGCGCGCCUCGUGGUGUACCGCGCCGAGCAGGAGGACGGCCCUGACGUGCUGCGCUGGCUCGACCGGAUGCUCAUCAGACUGUGUCAAAAGUUCGGCGAGUAUGCGAAAGACGAUCCGAACAGCUUCCGCCUGUCAGAGAACUUCAGUCUGUACCCGCAGUUCAUGUACCAUCUGCGUCGCUCGCAGUUCCUGCAAGUGUUCAACAACUCGCCGGACGAAACUACAUUCUACAGGCACAUGCUGAUGCGAGAAGAUCUAACGCAGUCGCUAAUCAUGAUCCAACCGAUCCUGUAUUCGUACAGUUUCGGUGGACCGCCAGAACCUGUUCUAUUGGACACAUCGUCGAUACAACCCGACCGUAUACUCCUCAUGGACACAUUCUUCCAAAUCCUGAUCUACCACGGCGAAACGAUAGCACAAUGGCGCGCGCUUCGCUAUCAAGACAUGCCCGAGUACGAGAGCUUCGCGCAACUGCUGCGAGCGCCCGUCGACGACGCGCAGGAGAUCCUGCAGAGUCGCUUCCCCGUGCCGCGGUACAUUGACACCGAGCAUGGAGGAUCACAGGCAAGAUUCCUGCUGUCCAAGGUGAAUCCAUCGCAAACACACAACAAUAUGUACGCAUACGGCGGGGCGAUGCCGAUACCAACUGCGGACGGUGGCGCCCCCGUGCUGACCGAUGACGUGUCGCUGCAAGUGUUCAUGGAGCACUUGAAAAAGUUGGCAGUCUCCUCCACCGCGUAAACAUAGACAGUUAAACUUCUCUUUCCAAAUGUUUCCAUUCAAAUCUGUACCAUAUAUUAGUUUAUAUAAUUUCCUAUUAUUUGAAGCAUAUUUAACAUAAAUUAAUAAUGAUAAUUGAUAAUAAUUGAUAUAAAUGUAUUUUAAUUACCCGCUUUUUGUUUUGCGCGACCUCACAGUAUAUUUUUUUUUUUGAAUAUCGUAUGGUUAGAAAUCGAUGAGAACAGCUUUAGGUAUGAUAUUAAGAGUAUGUUUUGCAGGAGGAAAUUAAAUGUGCUAGAUCGAAAAAAUAAA